CCUAUGAACACCUAUCUAGGUACCUAUGACACGAACACGUCAAUCCCCAAGCAGCAUUCCCACUGACGGAUCUCCAACCGCUGAUUCUGGACCUCCUCUUGCUCGAAUGUCUGAUCUACAUGAUUCACCGAAGGCCCCUAGGGUUCUUAACCUGGGUUGCAAGGUCUUGCAACUCCUUUUUAGUCGCAACACGCGGUACUAUCAUAGUCUCAUCCGACACUAUUUUGAAGUUAGCCAGGUCUGUAUCGUACCGCGCGACUUCGCCGACAAGCUCUUGCAUUCCAUUGUUGGCGCCGACGAGGAGCACUGCUCUUGCGACAUGGGCCGGGAUGCAUACUUGGAGAUAGCCAAAGAUAUAUCCCCUAGUCAAACAUCGAAAAGACCAAUCACCGACGAUCGAAGCAGCUCCAGCAGGUUCUUCGAUCCCUUCUUGGGAGAGAACCUACUUUGUUGGGACGGCAUAGGGAUAUUGUGUGCUCUGGUAGCGUCAUCUGCCAUGCUACUACCUCCUAAUUCCAAGCUGUUAUCUAACGCCAAGGAACGCGAUAAUCUGAUUUCUGAUAUGGCUCAGGCUUCGUCCUUAUGUGUGAAACUCUGUUUCUUGAGAGCACCAAUUAAUGGUGCCAUGGUACUAUUGAUGUAUCAGAAUUUCAUGGUUAUCUCACAACUCUACGGAGAUACGGAUCGUCGAAUCUGGAUGCCCCUUGUUGACCUAGUGGCUGCAGUCAAGGGAUCUAACCUAGACAAAGCCGAGACGGACGCAGACAUGCCUCCCUAUUUUGUAGAAAUGCGUCGGUGUUUAUUCGCGGCUGUAUACAGCAUCGAACAGACAAUUUGCGCAGUCCGUGGGAAUCCACCAAUGCUAAACCUUUCCUCCUGCACGCAAGAACCACCACUGGAUAUUGAGCUUGAUGUACCUGGGUAUCAGCGUACAUAUCCAGAUGUGGAUGCUCAAGGUUGGUCAUCCUUCGGCCAAUAUUGCCCUAUGACUUGGGUUAGGCUACACUACUUCCUAAGCAGCAUGCACGAGAGACUCCUUGAGGCAACAAGGAGCAGAAGUUUGGACCUUGAGAUCUUUGAGAUCCACGCUGUCGAUGAUGAAUGCGUUCGAACAUGGAUGGAUCUUCCCGACCACAUUACCCAUCUUCAUACCCCAAUUGAUUGCCAUACAGAUGAGCAAUCCAAUCAUUCGUUACUGCUAGCAACAGCAUACCUUGAUUAUCUGUUUGUCAGGCUUCAUGCCAAUUACAAACUCCGCCAAUACGAUAUGUCGUAUUGGCUAAUUCAGCAAAUGAUGAUUACAAUCUUGGACACGAAUCCAAGGAGGAGAGAUGGAACAUCGCUUCCUCGGGGCUAUUCUUCGAUCGUGGUUCUGUACGGUGUACCAGCCGCCCACCUCUUGAUGCGCAUCAGGUUGCUCAAGGAUACAGUUGGUGGAGAUGCUGGAACUUCGUGGGGAGAGACGAUUAGGACCUUGGCCAAUUUCAUCGAACGGCUGGACCUCGUUAUCGAGAUGCAGGUUGGGCUGAAAGAUCAGGAAUCGGACGCGCUACAGGACGCCAGAGACAAGCUCGUCACGAAUUUCGACGCCAUUGUAGACAGAUCCGGGGCAGAGAAGAAUGAAGAUGGGACCAUUGAGCGUGCGCCAUGGCCUCCAGCAUACUUCGAUCCAUUCUCUUUCUAUGUAGACCUAAAGGACGACAUCUGGCGGCUAUGAGAAGCUUGACUCGGCUGACAAAGAAGGUCGUAUGAAGAGAGAUGCUGACCAGCAGAGGACAACGUAUUGGCAAUGUAAAACUAACGGAACGAAGUGAGCAAUAGUAAUAAAUGUGAUUUUAGUUUGAUAAAAACGUUGAUACGUCAACAGACAACAAGAAAACCAC